AUGGCGCUCUUCGGCAUUGGCACCCUCCAAGUGGAGGUGCGCGAGUGGUUCGCAUCUCUCAUCCCGCGUCGCUUUGCGCACCGGCAGAUUGCACUGGGCGCGGCAGGUAAAAUCAUCGACCUCCUCGAAGAAAUCCUCAGAAUUGGAAGGGUCGGCUCUCCAACCUGCGCCCAGCGCCAAACGUGGACGCGGAAGAUAAUGACGGCCUUCAACACCUUCGUGGUGUGGGCGGCAGCGCAGAAACAGAGGAACGGCACUGUCGAGUUCGGCGGGUACGGCAACACCGGUCCCGGGGGAGUGGCGUUUCUGUGGGCGCACCAGGUGGGUGAGGAGCUGAUCUAUGCCCUCGACUGGGAGGCGGAGCUUCUUUGCCAUGGCAAGUCACAGCUGGACAUGAUCGGAGGUGCCUUCAUUGGUAUUGCUCGGCUGCAGUCCAUAUGGCCGUGGCUCGUGGAUUGCUCUGCAGCAGCCACGUAUGCAAAGGUACCGGCAGUAAUUCCGCACUCGGUUCUGUUCAAAGCAAGCCCCUCGGAGGUGCUCCUCUACCUGCUAGAAAGUCUGGAGGAAGAAGAUCCCCUCAUGGUGGAGGUGGGUGUGGACGUAGGGCAGACGUCGGAGUUCCUGUUGGAUGCCAUGCCAAAUCUCACAUUGCUCGGUGUGGAUCCCUACCCGGGCAUCUACAACCAGCAGAGGAGCAGCGAGCGCCGGGACAAGAUGGGAGGUGAGGAAGCCUUCAGCGAAGCCUUGGCUCGCUACGAGCGGUUUCCAUCACGAGCACGCCUGUGGCGAGAGGCAUCAGCAACUGCGGCCGCCAAAUGGGACCAGGAAAAGUUGCCGAGCCUUGUCUUCGUCGAUGGCGAGCAUGAUUUUGA